AAUUCAUUUCACCCCCGAAGAAGACGCGUUAUACAUUGGACUAAUAGCAGAACGUGAGGACAGGGACAAGAAAAAUCGUUCCCGAUUGCCUAUAAAACGACCCGUCUUCCUUUCCUUGUUAAGCCCAGCAAGUUAUUGUUCCAAGGCACAAUGGCUACGCAAUUUCUAACCUCUCUACCUCUUUUCUGCCUUCUCCUCGCUGCUCUGAUCAAUAACUCCAACGCUGCCCAGAUUUCUAUUUACUGGGGCCAGAAUGGAAAUGAGGGCAGCUUGGCAGAUGCUUGCGCCACGGGCAAUUAUGGGAUUGUCAACAUUGCUUUCCUAGUCACUUUUGGAAAUAAUCAGACCCCAAUGCUUAACCUUGCUGGCCAUUGUGACCCAGCCGCUAACACUUGCACUGGUUUGAGCAGUGACAUUGAGGCCUGUCAAAACCAGGGAAUUAAGGUGUUGCUUUCCCUUGGAGGAGGCGGAGGAAGCUACGUCCUUUCUUCACCAGAGGAUGCCAGGCAGGUUGCAGAUUACUUGUGGAACAAUUUUCUCGGGGGUCAAUCAAGCUCCCGUCCACUGGGUAACGCUGUCUUAGAUGGCAUAGAUUUCGACAUUGAAGGAGGAACAACCCAAUACUGGGACGAGCUUGCUAAGGCUCUAUCAGGAUUUGGCCAACAGUCACAGAAGAAAAUAUACUUGAGUGCAGCUCCCCAGUGUCCAUUCCCAGAUGCGUGGCUAGAUGGCGCAAUACGCACUGGCCUUUUCGAUUUCGUUUGGGUUCAAUUCUAUAACAACCCUCCCUGUCAAUAUUCUGGCGAUGCAAACAACCUUAUCAAUGCAUGGAAUAAUCAGUGGACAACAAUUCAAGCUGGCCAAGUGUUUUUGGGACUGCCUGCAGCUCCCGAGGCGGCCGGAAGUGGGUACAUCCCGCCUGAUGUGCUUACCUCUCAAGUUUUACCAUCUAUCAAGGCUUCUCCCAAGUAUGGUGGUGUCAUGCUCUGGUCUAGACAAUAUGAUCAGAGUUACAGCUCAGCUAUUAAGGGCAGUCUUUGAGGUUAUAGAGGAUUAUUCCCCUGCCUCCCUAUUAUACGAAUAAUGACCUUGAGCCACUAGUGCAUGUGCAACUGAGGCUUAAAGGCAAUCACUUUUUUCUUUUCACUAUCAUAUGAAAUUAAAUAGAGAAGUUAUAGUCAAAUAUUUGCAUUAUAGAACUAUUAUUUCAUGGCUACAAGACAGAGAUGUUAUAAGCAAUAAUAAAAGAACAAUCAAUUCAUAUUAA